AUGGGAGGGCCUGAUGGCGACACUGCGUCAGUUGCAGUCUCUUUCUCUGAGCGUCGAAAUGACACCGUCGCAACUCUCACCAUAUCGAAUCCCUCGCGACUAAAUAGCUUAAAUUCCACAGUUCUAGAUGCCAUCGUGUCUUCCAUAUCCUCUCUGUCCGACCACCCCAAUCUCCGCUGCGUCAUUGUAACGGGCGCCCUCCUUCAAGCCAAGCAGCAAGCCUUCAUAGGCGGCGCCGACAUCUCGGAAAUGAGCACCCUUCCCGACGCCGAAGCCGCGCGCAGAUUCAUCACCAAGAUCCAUCUGGCCUGCCAAGCACUCCGGGACUUACCUGUCCCCGUCAUUGCGAGGGUCAAUGGGCACGCACUCGGAGGUGGUCUUCUCAUCGCAGCUGCAGCGGACUUGCGGGUUGCAAGCUCAACCGCACUUUUCGGGAUGCCUGAGGUGCAGAGGGGCGUGCCCAGCACAGUGGAGUCAGCGUUGCUACCUGCAAUCAUUGGAUCUGCGCGGGCAAGGAGGCUACUACUCUUGGGCGACAUGAUUCCAGCGGCGCAAGCGGAAUCCUGGGGCCUGGUGGAUAGAGUUGUCGGAGCGAGUGAAUUGGACGAUGCUGUGGAAGAAUGGGUGCAGAUGCUCUUGAGGGCCGGACCGAAAGCGCUCGCUGCUCAGAAGAGGUUGAUGAGCGUAUGGGAACAGGUUCCGGCGCAGGAAGCCAUUCACGCCGGUGUGUGGGAGUUCGGCCGGGCUUUUGAGGGAGAUGGUUUCGACUCGGAAGGGAGGAGGAUGAUGCAUGAAUUUCGGGCAAAGAAUCAUGGUAGGAAGAGUCGGCUUUAA